ACCAGUGGCCGUAGUGGUGAGAGGGAAGCAAACAGUCUCAUCAUAUCAACAACAAUCAUCAAACCGUUGCUGUUUAGUUUCUUUUUAAAAAUGGGAAAAAAGAGGAAACUUGGAAAAGAUCCAGAACCCUAUCUUGUGCAGCUCGAGCUCCUCACAGCAGAACAGCUUUGUAACAUUUUUGACAGUAAAGAUGAAGCUGUAUCCAGAGCCAUUGUGCCCCUUGUAACUUCACCCAAUGCUGGCCAUGUGUUUUUGGUUGAAUGUGCAGGAACACGGUUUGCUCGAUAUGAUGUUCACCGUUGGAUGUCGUACCACAAGCAUGAUGGUCUUAAGGUAUUAUAUCCUAAUGGAAUGGAAGAUUCUUUUGGAGACAUGAUUGAAGUUUGUUUCAAUAAGAAACGUGGGAGUCAUACAAAUCUAUGUGAUGGUGCCAUUAGAAUUGUUUAUAAAUUGAAAACCAAUUCUGUAUUUCAUGAUAUGAAAUGUCAAGAUGGCAGUGGGAAUGAUAGACACAGAACUAAAGCAGAUGUUGCAUUUCAUAUCGUUCAGUAUAUGGAAAACCUACCUUACUGGGUUGAAGAAAACAUCAAACAUGAUCAGGAAGUAAAGAACAUGAAACUUAAAAAGCUGGAGGAAAUGAUGAAGACAAAAAAAGAUGCAGAAUUGGCAGAAAAGGAAGCACACGUUUCACACGUUGCUGCCAGUAGUUUUGGCAGACGAAGGAAACCAAACAGUCGCUAUCUUGAUCUUUACAAAGUUGAGUUAUCAACAACAAAUAUAUCUAUCUCUGAUGAUGAAAAAUGUGAGAAUGAUUAUGAAGCAGAUGAAAAUGAUGAGAUUUUUUUGGGAGAAUCAUUUGAAUCUCCUGGAAUAAGUAGCAUUAAUGGAUUCAUCAAAGGACUUAAAGGGAAAUCUUCAAGAGGAAGAGGACCUAGACAUGGAAACAAAAUUUGGAUGGCUGGUUAUGGUUUAGAAAAAACUAAGCCUAAAAGUUCCUCAUUAUUCAGAAUGUGUGAUGAUGAUGAUAACCACGAUAUAAACACUGAUAAAUUCAACGAUGAAGCUGGCAGCAAUGAAUUUGUCAGGGCUUGUGAAAAGAGAGGGGCUGAUGCCCAUGAGAUGAAACAUGAAGAACUUCCUCAGCUAAUAAAUUAUUCUGUGGAUAUUCCCUCGCCAGUUUUAACUUCAGAAGCUGUCAUGAUGAUUGCAGAAAUAUCUGAUAUCAUUGAUAUGAUUCUUCAAGGGAAAAUUUGUAUAUACACCUCUGCUGCCUUAAUGCCAAAAGUGGGAGAACUCUUUGUAUUGAAAGAUGAUAUUAGUGUAGAUAACAGUGAGACUUGGAUACUUGGUGGCAGGUAUCCUCAAGGAAGAGGGCUCUCAGUCACAUGGUAUGACAGAACCAGAUCACUUGAAGUUGGUCACAGUCGUGAGGGUAAAGAUCCUGAUGUAAAAUUAAUCUACAGAGAAAAUAAGCAUCAUCAGUUCUGUUUUGUUCACUACCUUGCUUCUGGAGCACUUGGUGUGGAGCAGCCCAUCAUAAUGUGUGACAAGAACAUCUUAAACACUGAAAAUGAUUAUCAUUUACAACUAUCAGAUAAUACUACAGAAGCUUCAGUCUCAAAUAAAUAUGAAAAAAUUAGAAAUAGCAGAGCUUCUCCAUUUUAUGAAUGUAGAAAAUAUUUGAAACAAGAAAAUGGAGACAGGAGGAGCAAAACUGGACGACCACGUAAUAGAGGAAUGAUAGCAGAAGGUGAACUUGAGAGUAAUAAAAUACCUAUUGUUGAAGAUGGACAGGAAAAGGGAAGAAAACAAGAGUUUACUAGUGAUGAAUCUCGUCCCUUUCGAAUUUACACAAGAGGGAAGCUGUAUCAUGCUGAUGCUGAAGAUAUAUUUAACAGAGUACAGAAAGGGGAAAUUAUUGUCCACAAGAAUGAAGUGAAAAUGCCUCAGUAUGGAAAUAUUUAUGUUCUUGAUAAGAGCUUUGUUCCCUACAGUGAUUCAUUACCAUGGGUGAGAGAAUACUACUACAAGGUGCAAUCAAUUCUUAUGGAAAGGUUUGUUCUUCGAGACUCCAAGACGGUAUUCACUUACCCAUUGCCUCCAGCUAGCAAGACUGUCUUCACACUCUUCAAAAAUGAUCCUCCUCUUUGUAUUGUUCAUUAUGAGAAGGGACAUCUUGGAAGUCAAAAAGCUAUUGGGAAGUUUGAAAAGUCAGAAGAAACCCAGGACUGUGGACAUCGAUCUGGGAUCUAUACUGAAUCAAACUCCAACCUGACGCUUUCUCUUGUAGAUGCCAUGUUGUCUAACCCAGAUGAAAGCAGAAUUGUUCCCGCUCCUAUCUUGAAUCCACAGCCAUUUCAAGUAUAUCUCCUACGGUUACCAUCUGAAAAACACUCAAAAGUUAUUGACAACUAUAGAUGGACAGACAAGGGCUUCAAACGCUGGCCUUUAGGAGUGAGCAGCGCUGAAACAAAAUUGCAAUGUUACCAUUGCCCUAUGAAAAUGUCUCGGAGUGCUAUGUGCACGGCUUUAAUGAGGCAUGAAUUUAAGCACACAUCUGCAUCUCCUGAUUUACGAGUUAUUCAUUAUAUGCCUACAAGAGAAUUCAGGGAGUUUAUUGUCAUUGCAAAUGCCACAAAACAGAUGCAGGCAACAACAGAGUUAUCAAGAGAAGGUUGGGAGAAUAUGGAACUUGAAUCUGAAGCGCCCCUCCAUGUUUCUUCAACACGUCUUAAACCUGUUAUGGUGUGGGACUUACUCACCAGAGAUGCCAGCAAUGCUAAUAUUACUGGUGUUGUUACAAUGGAAAUAAUAACACCCCAGCCAGGAGGAGUCUAUCUGAGUACAAAAUAUGAUGCCCCUGACCUGUUGCCAUGGGAAGAGCUAGGAAAGCUUCAAAUACAGCCAAGAUUAUAUCAAAUUGUUGAAGUGUGUGAUAAAAUUAGUGAAGCUAAGGCUUACCUUGUAAGAAUGUGUUACACCUCUCCUAAAGUUCCACACAGAGUGCUGGUGCACUACCUGGGUGACACAAGACCAUACCUAGUAAGAGAAUGUGAAAUUAUCAUUGAUGAUUAUACGGGAGAGCCGUCUUACAAAACAAAAGGACUGUUGAAGAAAAGUAAGCGUCAAACGUUCCUGUCGCCUGAAAAUUCCAUAAUUGAAGAAAAUUUGUUUAAAAUUAGCCCCAGCCAUAUGCGGGAAGUGGGCUGCAUGCCACUGAAGCUUGAUGAUCUUGACAUUGACUUACAAUCUGAGAUUCAUCAACACCAAGACAAUCAAGAUCUUAUUGUCCCAGAUAAACCUGGAGUCUACCUGUAUGGCCACAGAAUGAUGAAGAAAAGGAUUGUUCGCGUCAUGGAAAAUUUGGACAGAAGUCUGAAAACUCAGCUCCCUAUCAAGAACCCUGAGGCAGGAGAAGCAUACUUAGUGACAAAGCCUUCAAACACGAAGACACCUGUCGAUCUCUUCAAAUGGACUCAGAAAGGUUGGCAGCCCAUUCCUAGAAAAGACCCUGUGGUUUUAUGGAAGUGGGGGCUCCUGAGACACAAGAAGCAGACUUGGGCUCAACCUCUUAUCAGAAUUGAUUAUGUACAUCUAAAAAUUAAUGCAGAUCUUAUGCUUAUACAUUAUGUACCUACAAAGGAUAAUGAACUGAUGCUUGAAAUUAGAAGUGCUGUUACAUCAGUAAGAACCCAGACACAUGCUUUGCUUUCCAUGGGAGAUGUAAACUUUGGUCAGCAUUCACAGCUUUUAACAAAUAGUCCAUUACCUCCGAGCCACAUUUGGGAGCUGUUAAAUGCUGGAGGAGGACUGACAGAGCCUCUUGCUGAACCACAGCCAGGAGGUGUCUAUGUCAUCAAUCUCGGGGCCAAAGAUAAGGUUGAUUUGUUUCGGUGGAAGACCUUGGGUGAUAUUCGGUUAUCUUCAAAUGACUAUGGCCUGACAGAGACUACGUAUAAUAUUGAUUGGGAACCAGAGGGUCAAUUCGCUCGCCUCACUUACCAUACUCCUCUCAUUAAAAAAAGAAGUGUACUUCACUACUUGGGGGACUGUAGACCAUAUCUUGAUAGAGCAAAGGCAGAGGAGGAUGAACGGCAGAAAAAACUGGACUAUAUCAGAAAAAAAUCAGGAGAGAACAUUGAAAUUGACAGAGUUGAUCCUCAUGAAGCUCGGUUGUCUCUGCCAGUAAUAGUCACUGGUUCCCGUGAUGCUGCAACUGAAGCUGUGGGCUCAAUAUUAGCUGGUUUAGGAUCCAAUAUAAUGGACACUGAUACCUUAAAUCAAACUUUUGCUGAAUUAGGUGGGGAAGUUGAAGGGUUGUGUGAAGGGCGCUCAGGUUUCCUAACAACACGGCCUGAAGAUGACCACUUGCGUGAUGCCAAUCUUCCUCCCAUUCUUGUUCCAUUUGGAACUGUGUCUACCACCAGUAUUGUUAAGAAUCUGUUUCCAGAAGGACUUCCAAAGAUAGCCAUUCAAAAGAUUCUUGAGGUGGAGCCUGGCGAAUAUGUCCCAAAAAAAAGAAGAUUAGAUAAUCUAGUUGAAUUGCCUGACCUCAAAGUUGAACCUAAAGAGGAGGACAGAAUUAUGAGAGGUUCAUAUCGUGCUGUUCCAAGAACAUUAGAGGACUGGAAUGAUGAUGAUGAUGAUAAUGAAGAAGGUGAAGAUGGAGAACAGUUUCGACGCACUCGAGUACAGUUUACUGCUGUAGAGCCUCGAACCAUAGUGUAUAUGAAGCAGCAAGAAAGUCUUACUGAGAAACAAUUAGACCAUAUGCUUUGUAACCCAGAUGUCAGUCGUAUAUCUUUUCUUCCUCUACUUGAGCCUCAGCCCACAGAUGUGUAUGUUGUGGCAAUACCUUACAGAAAAGGAGAGGUUAGAAGAAUGGACUGCUAUAACUGGUAUGUGACUGGGCACAAGAAGGGCAAAUAUAGACGCACCUAUAGCUAUAUUCGGGAAGAGGAUGGAAACACAAGUCAUCGUCUGCUUCGCUACACAUAUGACUAUGCCUGGGAGAACACACCAGGGCUGAGGGUGAUUCACUAUAUUCCAGGUGACCCAAGGCACCAGGAGGAACCCGAGGGACAAGGAUGUGGGCCUCUAUACAGAGCAUAUACAGCUGCUAUGACUCACAGAGACGCAUUGCUUAUUAUAAAUGAUCCACCAAUGUAUCAUUUGUGUGAACUUCCAAUUCACAACCCACAAGCUGGUGAAGUAUAUGUUGUGAAGGCUCCAUCACUAUCUCUUGCAAGAAGAGAAAUGAUGUAUGAUAAUCUAACAUGGAGUGAAGGACAAGUGAAACACGGAGGUAAACGGCCUGUUGUGCGGAAGACAAAAUAUAAUUCUGUUGAUGCAGAGGAUGGAACAAAAUCUGAUGCUUUCAUUCGGGUAACAUGGGAGAGGAUGGUAGAUUCUUCUGUUGUCGAUGCUGAACUACCCACUACCAGAAGGAAACAAGCCUAUAUAAUUAUUCACUAUCUUGGAGAUGAAACACUGGCAGGCGAAAUGGUACGAAAAGGUAAAGAUGGAGCACUCCAUUUACGGCAGAUAAGGCACUAUAUGGAGACUGGAGCAUACCUCUCCUCUGUUCAUAUAACUGAGAAGAAUGGCAUAAGAAAAUCAUCAACAAAGUUUUUAAUGGAAGACAAAACCAUGUAUUACAUUGGCAAAACUGGCAGUGAGAAACGAAUUGUUUUGUACACAAAUGAAGAAAAAAAUAAAGCAUUUGAGGAAUGUCAUGUAAUAGCAAAGACUGGGGAACACUGUGGUCGCACUAAAACAUUACGUCGCCUUACAGAAAAAUACUAUUGGACAUGUAUGGUAGAAGAUAUUGUAGCAAUGAUUGUUAGAUGCAAAACAUGCGAGUUCAACAAACUGAAUAGACCAAAUCAGCGUUAUGUACGUGUUACCGAGCCAUGGGAGGUGGUUAGCAUUGACAUUAUUGGGCAGUUUGUAACGUCUGAUCAUGGUAAUGCAUUUGUAGCAGUUAUCAUUGACAUGUUUACAAAAUACACUAUUGCUGUGCCUCUUAGAGAUACAACAGUAUCAGACUUGACAUCUGUGCUACAAACAGCUGUAUUUCAACAAGGACCACCAAGGAAGUUUGUAUCUGAUCAGAAUGAAGACUUCAUUAAAGAGUUAAAUUUGGGCCUGGAAUUUGAUACUGGACUCGUAGGCAAUGUUGUAGCAGUAAGCAAAACACAGGUUAACCGUCCUGAUGAAGCGAGUAUCAAGACUACAAUCCUUCGGCAUUGUCUUGAGUCUGGCAAUAUCUGGGAUGAUCUACUACAAAGAAAGGUGUAUGAAAUAAAUACAACUUAUGUUAGUGCCAGUGGUCAGACACCAUUUUAUCUCAUGUUCCAUCGGCAAGUGAGACCUAUGGACUCUAACAGUAAUCAACAGAUGAAUAGUAAUGGGAAGCCAGCUUUUAUUGUGCGAGACAUUGAGAGGUACAUGGAAGAAAGAGAGCAAAAGGCCAAUGAUAUAAUUAGCCAGGUGGUGAGUGGGCAGCCAAAAGAACAUACAACAACGACAUGUACUGAUGAUACAUCAAGUGAUUGUGUAGAGAACAUUAAUGCUGCAGCGUUGCUGGGUGUUGAGGAGGGUGGGCAUGACUAUGGCAACAGUGUGCAGGUGGUGACAGAUGCUCCGGGUCCUGAUCAAGAUCAUGCUCAUUACACUCAUGUUGCUCAUAUUUCUGAUGGAGAGAUGCUCGAUGUACAAGUGUGUCGAAAUGUAAUAGAGGAUCCCGGUGGGUCGGUGUAUGAAAUGGGCGACGGAGAAGGUCACGUGGUGGUGGUGGCCGACGGCAUGACUGGACUGGAGGAAGGAGGAGACGUAGCCGGGCAGCACAUGGUAGUUGUCCAACCAGGAGUAGAUCAGGGAGUUAUUAUGCUCAGUGAGAGUCAGGUCAUAAUGGAAUCUGUAGAUGGUCAACAAUUCACUUACAUGUCACAAACCUAAAAGGGAAACAAUUUAGCUUUUAAAACUGCUACAUCAACUUUUGUGUUGUACUCUUGUGCUUCAUUACAUUUGACUUGUAUGUUCCUUGAGUUCUUUAAGUUUAGUGUUAAUAUUUUUCGUUUUUGUAAUUAUCUAUUAAUUUUUAUGAAACAAAAAAAGAUAUUCUAAUGCAAUAAUAUUCCACUACGACACUUUGUUAAUAUACAGUAGUUAAAUUAACUUUUUCUCUACAAAUUUCUGUAAAGUAAAGAUGACUUUCCUUAACUAUCUUUUGAAAGUUGUCUUCUUUACAAAAUUAUUUAUAAUAAUACUAUAUAGAAGAGCUGCAAGAGAUUUAUGGUUUCAUAACAAGAUAUAGCUCAGCCAUAUUUGUAAAUAAAAUCUUUUCAGCAUC